GUUAAAAAAAAUCGUCUUUUGUGGGAUUUUCUCUGCACAACGGAUAAAAAAAAAAAAAAGGAAAAAAAAAAAAGAAAGAAAGAAAAAAAAAGAAGGUUUUUCUGUGGUGGCCGCGGCGUCGCCGGCUGCUCUUCGCUCUCUCCCGAUCGGCCUGCGGGGAAAUCCUCCAAUCGCCAUGAUCCAUCGGGGGUCCGGAGGCGAUGUUGGGUCCGGCCCCGGACGGCGAGCCUCUCCGAUCGGAAUGCUGCAGGUUUGAAGGAGAGGGGGGAGAACGCCGCGGCUCCAUUCCCCCCCUUGUCGCCGCCGCCGCCGCUGGGGCGCCCACGUCUCUUUUGUUAGGUAGGUCUUACCUGACCGGAUAUUGGUCCCCUCCCCCCCCCCCCCCCUUCCGUCCAUCACAGCCUGGCCGGUGUGGGGCGCGGGUCUGUGGGGCAGUUUACGUUGUCUGAUCCCGUCGAAGAAAUGGGGCCCCUCCACCCUACAAUAUGAAAACCCGACAGAACAAAGACUCGAUGUCGAUGAGGAGCGGAAGGAAAAAGGAGAGCGUGGGCCCACGGGAGGAACGGAGAGCGCGGGGGAGGGCGUCCCCGGGGGCCAUCAGCACAUCCAGCAGUGACAGCAAAUGUGAGAAGGGCCGGCCACCUGCCAAGAAGGGCCGCAUGGACGACUCCGUCCCGAAGAGCAGCAAACGGGAAAGAGUAAAAGAUUCCUCCGAGAGUGAAGGGGAAACGGGGAAAACCCAGAAGAAAGCCAAGAUGGAGUCUCCAGAGGUUCCCCGCCCGCCCCCCGAUGAAGAAAGUAUGGAUGGACAGAGCGGUAAUGAAGAUGGUGGAAGUGACCCGAGGGACAUUGACCAGGACAACCGCAGCACAUCUCCGAGCCUCCACAGCGGGGACAGCGAGAGCGAUGCAUCUUCCAUUCCUUCACCAAAAUCGUUUCCUUCCCUGUAUAGGGGUCCCGGGUCACCCCAACCUCCUGCUUCGCCGGUUCCCAACCCCCCUGUUCUUCCACCCCCGUCCCAGGCUUCUCAAGCACCUCCACAGACUGAACUUCAGACUUCAAGGCCGUACCAGGCUCCUCAACUUCCACAGCUGUAUUCCAGCACUGGCGGGAUGGUCAAAGCUGGGCCGGCGCCGGCCUCCCAAGCCAAACCUCCACCCACCACACCUAUAGCGGGACUUGGUUCUCCAAGGCCAUUGGCUUCUCCGACAGCUCCCUCUACUCUACCUACCAGCACUUCUGCCACGACCUCCUACCCCCAUGUAUCUCACAACCUUCCGCCACCCCCUGCCCUACGGCCUCUCAAUGCCUCUCCAGGACUUCCAUCCCAACCGGCAGAGAAACCGGGCCAGCCCGUUCCUUCGUCUUCUUGUACCCUUCGAUAUCCCCCUUACCCAGGACAGUACCCAUCUGGAUACCCCCACCAGUACCCCGCACAGGGAAAGUAUGGACAACCGCAGCCCGGUCCCCAUCCUUCUUGGGGACAAGGCGGGCUCAGUUAUGGGCGGAUUGAAGGAGCUCCCCGCUACCCUCAGCCUCCACCCCAAAAUGGACAAGUGGGUGGGGGGCAAAACGUUAGUGGGGGAUUCAGUAACUCUCAUCAUGGAAGUACUCGUGCUCCAUCCCCCCAUAAUAACCACCCUCCACACCCAAUGCCCACAGCGGGGGCAAUUCAGACUCCAGCACCCCAGAGUAGUGUUUUGCCCCCUCACGGAGGGGCAAAUGGUGGACAAGGUCAACCUCCUAAUCAUAAUAUGAAUAACUCCCAUCAUCCUCACAUUCUACCAAACCGGGGGCGCUCCCCAACGCCACAAAAUAACCAGCCACCAGGGGGCAUGCCUCAACCCAGCCAUCACACACCUCAUGUCCUUCUGUCCCCCGGUUCCCACCAUCAGAGCAGCACUCAGUUGCCAACACCCGGGGCAGGGCCACCUAGAGGUCAAUCACCAGCGCCCACCAGUACCUCCCAUCUUCCAUCCCAGUCAUCCUCUGCGGGUGGAAAUGUAGGCUACUCCCCUCAAGUGGAGCCCCCGAAUCCUCAGCCCACUCAUAAUCUUUAUCAGCCUCACUCAUCUGCUUCUGCCUGCCAUUACCCUCCUAACGCUCAAGGGUAUGGUAACUACCCCUACCAAGGCUACAAAGGGGCGCCCCCUAAUUCGGCUCCACCCUAUAAAAAUACACCCGCACCCCCACCCCCUCCCCCGCCCCCAUAUAAACCUGGAUCUUUUCCAGUCUCCACUCCUCCUCCUCCAGCUCCCGCCCAGAGCUUUAAAGACUCCUCCCCUCCCGCUCCUGUCGCUGCUCCUCCUCCAGCUCCGCCUCCUGCCCCACCACCCCCGCCAGCACCAGCUCCCGUGCAGAUAAAACAGGAGCCACCCGAAGAAUGUGAAGUGGAAGGCGAUAGCCCAGUUCCUCCCGCCAACAGCCCUUCCCCUCCGCCCAAACUUGUGGACACGCCAAGCCAUGCCAGCCAGUCUGCCAGGUUCAACAAACACCUGGACCGCGGAUAUAAUUCCUGCUGCCGGACGGAUCUCUACUUCGUGCCGCUGGAGGGAUCCAAACUUUCCAAGAAGAGGUCGGAGCAGAUCGAGCGAGCGCGCAGGGAGAGCGAGCAGCGAGCGCGGGAAGAGCGCGAGCGCGAGCGGGAGAGGGAGCGGGAGCGGGAGAUGGAGAGGAAUAUUAAACUGGACUCUAGUCGUCACGACUGCCCCCAGCUGUGCCCGCAGCAGCCUCCCCACCACCCUUCCUUGGCUUUGCCCUCCCCGUCCUCUGCCCCCUCGCGCCCCCCUCACUUUGAGCCACCAGGAGCCGUGGCCGCCGUGCCCCCUUACUUGGGCCCCGACACCCCAGCUCUCCGCACACUGAGCGAAUACGCUCGCCCCCAUGUACUGUCGCCAGCUGGACGAGCCCCCCAGCCCGGUCACCCCCAACAUCACCCUUUUUACUUACCCCUCGGAGACCCGCUGCUCGCCUACAACCUACCCGCCGUCUUCGCCAGCGACCCGAAUCGUGCAGAACGGGAGCUACGAGAGAGGCUGAAACCCGGAUAUGAAGUCAAACCCGGAGAGCUGGACCAGCUUCACCCGGCGACCCUUCCUCUCCCACCGCCGCCGCAGCAUCACCAACCUCCUCCUCAACCACCGCCCUCCACCGCCGGAGUACCUCCUCAGAUGGGACUGCACCCGGCCUUCCCCUACCACCACGGGCAGCACGCGCACCAACAUGCCCUCGAAAGGGAAAGGCUGGCGUUGGGGGCCGCCGGCGCAGGGCCCGGGGCCGGACCGGGAGCGGCCGGGGCAGCAGGAGGGGCCCGAGGGGAACUGUCCUACGCCGAGCGACUUGCCGCGGAACGGCAGCACGCCGAAAGAGUGGCGGCUUUGAGCGGAGAUCCCCUGACCAGGCUUCAGAUGCUGAACGUGACCCCUCACCAUCAUCAGCACUCGCACAUUCACUCGCACCUACACCUGCACCAGCAGGACGCCAUCCACGCGGCCUCUGCCGGCGUUCACCCGUUGAUGGACCCGCUCACGUCGGGGUCCCACCUCACACGGAUCCCGUACCCGGCAGCCGCACUGCCCAACCCGCUGAUGCCCCACCCUUUGCAUGACAGCGAUGUCCUCCGACAGCAGAUAUUCGCCUCCCCCUACAGAGACCUCCCCUCCUCCCUGUCCAACCCGCUCUCCGCCGCUCACCAGCUGCAGGCCAUGCACGCGCAGUCCGCGGAGCUCCAGCGUCUGGCCCUGGAGCAGCAACACUGGCUGCAAGCCCAUCACCCCCUGCAGGGAGUGCCCCUCCCCGGGCAGGAAGACUACUACAGUCAUUUGAAGAAAGAAACUGACAAAACCCUGUAGUGAAGUCCCGGGGGUCGGAGGUCAUCUCACAGCUUGCAGGCAUCUGACUGGACAAGGCAAGAUGACUUCAGAGCUCCUGAGAUCUGACCCUGGUCCUCGCCGAGAGGGGCAACUAAUUCAAUGUGACCAAAAAAAAACGACACCCAAGAUAUGCAGACUGGCAGCGGGGGAGUUCAGAGAGACUUCCUAAAGGACAAACUCUGAUCCACCUCCCCCCCAUCCCCUUCCCCCCCACCACACCACCUACCAUGACCUACCCCAUGGCACUUGCCUCUUGGAGUGAGACCGACUACAAAAAAAAAAAAUGGCCGUCGUGCCGAAAAAAAAGAGAAUGCUGCUCAAUGAGAUAACGGAUGCCCUGCUGCAAGGAGACGGCCCUUGGGUGACCUACUGCUUCCUGAGACUCCCCCCUUCCCGAAUCCUGAGACUCCCCCCUUCCCGAAUCCUGAGACGCCCUUGUGACAGUUAAGACGCACUACGACCUUCAGAGACGCACAGGAAGUACACUGUGAGAACUCGCGCAGAUGGACCCUGCCCUUGAUGGACAGAAGCACUUGUGACCUUGGGGGGGUGGGGGGGGGGAGAAAUUGGCUGGAAGGGACAGACUCUCUAUCGUGAGACUCCUCAAUUGAGGCCGAGAGGCUCCCGCUGACCGAGCGACGCUCUGCACCUGGAGUGGACGCGCGUUUGUAGAGAGAGUGACGGCCCGCCCCCCGUGAUCCUGACAUCUCACGGACCGUAUUUUUUAUUUUUAUUUUUUGUAUGUAACGUGUCACUAAUGGUGUGUUUGGCUGUGUGUGACAGAAGCUUCACACUCUCCUCCUGGGUGGCGUGUGUGUAACUAGAAAAAAAAAACGCGUGUACCGGCCGUGGCACUUGUAGGUGGUUGGCGGUUAGAAUCAUCUGUGGUUGCAACAUGUCCUUCCUGGGGAAGCCCACCAAGGAAAAAGCCAACAAGCCAAUCUACAUAACGGUCAGACGUAGUAGGCACUGAGCCAUUCACUAAGGGUCCAUCCAGACCUGUCCAUUCCGGUGCGUUGGGGCGGGG